GCCCCUCUUAAAGCGGCCGCGCUCUGCGGGCCCCACCGCCGCCAUGUUGCUCCGCCGCCUCCCCUCAGCCGCUGUCGCGACAGCGCGGGGCCUCGCGACAGCGCCGGGGGCGGGGCGACAGCUCCUCAUGCGGCAGCUGUUCGAGCCCCAGUCGUGCACCUACACGUACCUGCUGGCGGACGGCGCCACCGGCGACGCCGUCAUCAUCGACCCCGUGCUGGACACGGUGCCGCGCGACCUGCGGCUGCUGCGCGAGCUCGGCCUCACCCUGCGCUACGCCGCCAACACGCACUGCCACGCGGAUCACGUGACCGGCUCCGGCGCGCUCCGCCGCGCCCUCGGCUGCGCCAGCGCCAUCUCCAGGGCCAGCGGCGCCAGCGCCGACCUCAGACUGGGGGAGGGGGACGAGCUGCGCUUCGGGAGCUUCGCCCUGAGGGUCGUCCCCACCCCCGGCCACACCCCCGGCUGCGUCACCUUCGUCCUGGACGAUUCCUCCAUGGCCUUCACCGGGGACGCGCUGCUGGUGCGGGGCUGCGGCAGGACCGACUUCCAGCAGGGCUGUGCCCGCACCCUGCACCGCUCCGUUCACGAGCGAAUCUUCACCCUGCCCGAGAGCUGCCGGAUCUACCCCGGGCACGACUACCACGGGCACACCAUGAGCACGGUGGGGGAGGAGCGGCGCCACAACCCCCGGCUGAGGCUGAGCGCCGACGACUUCGUGGCGCUGAUGGAGCGGCUGCGGCUGCCCCGGCCCCGCCUCAUGGACGUCGCCGUUCCCGCCAAUCUCCGCUGUGGGAUCCAGGACGAGCCGUAGCCACGCCCCCUUUUCCCGCCAAAACUCACCUCCACUUCCGGAUUAAAAUCACGUCCACUUCCUGUUUAAAUUAUGUCCACUUCCUGUUUAAAUCGCGUCCAUUUCCGGAUUAAAUCAUGUCGACUUCCUGUUUAA